CUAUAUAUAGCCUCCAGGGCCUGGUCACGGCAAUAGAGCACACAGUCUGAACGAAGAAGCCGCAUGCUUUUUACUUUCUGUUAGCCCAAGGAAUAAGAAAGUAGUUUCUUUUUUAGUUUGUAGAAAAAUUAAAAUGAACAAGCCUAAAAUUGUCAGACCAGAGGAGAGCCAGCCAGCACCUGCGCUGUGGUUUGACAGAAAGAAAUAUGUCACGGUAAAUUUUGUGGUUCAGAAACCUAAAGAUGUCCAGGUGGAUAUCCAGCCAGACAAAAUGAUUUUAUGCUGCAAAAACAACACAGAUGAUGUGUUCUACAAUGAACUACACUUCUUUGACAAAGUUCAGAUCCACGACUCCAGAGAAAGAGUUUACGAGCGCACCAUCAAUGUGAUGCUGAGGAAGGUAAAGCCUGACUAUGCAUGGCCUCGUCUCCAAAAGGAUGAAGCUAAGCCCAGCUGGAUUUCUGUAGAUUUUGACAACUGGAGGGACUGGGAGCAUGAAGAAGAUGAGGGAAAGGAAGAGUAUGAUAGAUAUGUGGAUAUGAUCAGAGAAAUGGCUAACAGUAAUAAAGGAGAAGCACCAGAUAUGGGUGAUCUUAGUGAUUCUGACUGAAACCCUCUCUCCUGUGUUGGAUGCCACUAGAACUUUAUUGCUCAGGAUACUGAGGACAACACUAUGUUUGCUAAGGCUUGUAAUGUUUGCAGAUGAUUUGAUAUAUUGUCCAAAAUACUGUUUUUACAUGUGUGAUAUUUUCUAUGUUAUCAUUGACAUAUUAUUGUCCACUGUACACUUACACAUCACUG